AUGCAAACAAUUUAUUAUUUUGCUUUUUUAACUUUGUUAUUUGCAAUUGUUCAACCAUCAACAAUAACAAUAAACACUGGUUUAGGUCAAUGUUUAAGUGAUUUAGCAACUCAAGAACUUGCUGUUUCAUAUAAUUAUCUUCAAUUAUCAUCAAAAUUUGGUACAGCCAGUGCCUAUCCAGGUUUUUCAAGUUUUUUUACAAAAUUAAGUGAUGAAGAUUCAUCGAAAGCUUAUGAUCUUGUUAAAUUUCUUGCUUUACGUAGAGCUCAACUUACACGAUUAAUUCAUAAAGAUGGUCUUAAAAUUCGUAGUGAAUUAUCAAAUGUACUUGAUGUUUAUCAAGGUUUAAUAGAAGCUCGUCGUCAAAAUAGAGAAGUAUGGAAAGAUGUUGUCCGUUGUCAUCAAGAAGCUGAUGGCAGUAAAGAUGCAAAUGUACAAGAUUAUCUUGAAUCCCAUUUACUUGAUCAUCAUAUUGAAAUUGAUAAACUUUUAGGUGAUCUUGAACAUCGUAUAAAUGACGUUCAAGUAUCUGACAAGAAAUUAACAAUAUUUAUGAUCGAUGAAGAACUUUUAGAAACAUAUGGUGAUCGUCGUAAAGAUGUUUUUUCAUAA